UGUUUAUAUAAAUGUUAAUUGCAAGGCCGUCAGAAUCGCAAUCGCGGUGAUAAUUUUACUGCAUUUUAUGGUAGGCGGUUUAUUAUGCGCAGGCGAGAUGUUACCCUUAAUCCAAUCAUGAGAAAUAAACCGCUUAUAAGUUACUCGUCUCCUGCGCUGAUAUUGUGAUUAUUUUUAAUUAAAUCGAGUGUGUGAACAAUACUGUCGCAAUUUAGAUGCGAUGUCAUUAAUAAAGCUAUGCUAAUUCUUGAGCGACCUCGUCACACCUGAUUUUAGGAUUCUGAUCCACUUUUGUUUCAGAUCCAAAACAUAACCAGCGGAGUAAACAACUUAUACUGGUUGCGUGAAAAUACCAUUGUUAGCAAAUAAUUCUAUGAUAACAACUUCAGGAAUUUUUUGAUAACAACACAAUGAAGCCUGUUUGGAAUCUUUUGUUCUUGGUGACAUUGUGGUCGGCAGUUCAAAGUUCACCCUUUGAUGAUGGAAAGUAUAAACCCAAAACAUAUGACGAGUACGAUGAUGGGAAAUACUACAGGCCGUUAACUGAGGGGAAAUAUGUUCGUGGAGAUGAGGGAAAAUACAUGUAUAUCUACCAACAGGGCGUGUUUCCGUACGACGGAACAUACAAACAUUUGGGAAGGGGCGACUCCAACGACUACAUUGGCUUCCAAAUAUAUGCCCCUAGAUUCCAAUAUGUUCAUAGAAUAAUUAAAGAGUUAAUUAGCAAGUAUAUAUCACCAGACAUUCUGAUGUUUAGUAGUUCGGAGUCGGGGCAAGUCAAUAACUUUGAUAAGGUACAAUCACCUCAAGAAGUUGCAAUGAAGUGCAAUCUUAUUGAUCCGGAGACUAGAAAUAGCAUGGAAACGGAAGUAGUGACGCAAUAUCCUCCAUCAAUGAAGUUGCAAGAAGGCGAAAACAUGGGAACGCUUUACACCUUUAAGGGAACUAAGUUACUAAGUAAAGAAGAGAAUUCGGUAAAGACAAAAUUAAAGUUGCAUUAUGAAGUGUUCGUGAGAGUAGUUGAAGAGGCCGAAUGACCACAAAUUGUUUAAUGGUGAUAAUAUGAUGUAAUAGGAUUAUUUUAAAUUAUAGUAAAGUAUUUAAGUAUUUU